CUAUAUAGUUUCUAAGCAGUCUUUAGUGACCACUACCAAAUUACUGAAAGGUCAACAUGGCGCCGGCAGCUCUUAAGUUAGCGCAGAGCCAUCAUAGAACCACGGAGCUAAGGACAUCGAUGGCAAUAUGGACGUCGAGCCAGGCCAUCCACCACCUGUUAGCGACGAUGUACUGUAAUAUUACCCACACAACGACACCGUAUUCCGAUACCGGAAUUUGAGCAUCUGCCGGCUACUAGUAACAGCGCAGAGGACAUCGACUCCCAAACCAGAAGGAUGUCAGCACAAAUGCCGGGAACCGCGUAUGCGGGAAUCUUUUGGGACAUCGAGAACAUCCCCAUCCGCAAGGCCAGCGCGGUGGCAGACGCCCGUGAUGCGGUACGUGGCCUGCAGAAACUGACGCACACCAACCACUUUCAGGAUGAAAAUCUCCAGACCGACAAUGUCAUCAAGACGUUUGUUAUUGUGGCUCGUAUGGCAAAUGGUUUACGAGAAACAACACCACAGUUCUGCAAAGAUCAGCUUGUUGCUAAUGGGGUACAGCUUAUUGACCUCCCGCCGUCCAGCGCAAGAGAUGUGUGUGAUGAUGAAAUUGUUCGGCUGGUUCAAGCGCUCAUGAACUCGAUGCGAAAAGGCGAGAAGAUCACAGUGUAUUUAAGCACUGGCGACAGAGGGCUCAUUGACAGGGUCAGCUCCUUCAACGCCGCGUUUGACCUUAUCGUCAUCGUUCGCCGUGCUCGGCAGCAGCUGCAGCAGAUUACGGGAUUCUGUCGCAAUGUGCGACGCGAAAACGGAGGACGAGGCAGAAGAUUAAAUAUCUACCUGUAUGAAGAGGUCAUUCGGGCUGGACAAGGAACGGACAGUGAUUUCCCGGUAAACGAUGUGGCGGUCUUUGCCAGGGAGGGAGUUCAUGACCUGGACCCGUUCGCCGACUCGAGCACGCGACAGCGAAAUUCUGUUAACCGUACUCAGCGAAGCGAUGGAAACAACGAAGAAUUAGACGAAUCAGGACAUUUCGAUAGUUUGUUCCCACGGUAGACCGAACUGCAGUUGACGACGUUAACGCCUCAGAAUGACUUUGCAUUACAACCAGUCUACGGCAGCCAACGUCCACAGGGCGUGUAUUGUUUCAUAAACCAUAGUAUAGAAUUAUAGAUUACCUGCGUACCUGGCACAGCAGUGUGACUGAUUACUGUACUACUCUUCGAUGUAAGUACUAAGACAGUGUGAAACGCAUCUGUUUUUCCUGCUAAUUCGAUCGCCUGAAACUUGAAAUACCUUCCUGUUGCAAAUUAAUAAACA